AAAGGAAAGGGCGAUGGUUUUAUAAAAUACAAAGGGAAAUAGAAAAAAUGAGGAACAGGAGAGAGGAGACAGUUACAUCUCGGUGGCGAGAAUGCACCAUUUUGCUGUUUGCCAGCCGCCACUAAACAGUAUAAAGAGGAAGAAAACGAAACCUGUCAGGAUACACACGUCUGUUUUCUACAGUCACUGGUCUGUCCAUAGAAGUAAGCUUCUAUUGCACAUCAUUCUUCACUAGCGGUCUCCAGCGCCACAUUUUCAUAUCUCACAGGGUUCUGAGCAGCUAGUUUGCGCUGUUCCUGAUCAUUCUUGAAACGAACUGGCUGGUUGUAUACGAUGAUAAACCGCUGUGGUCUGCUAACUCUCCAGGAGGAACCAGUUCCUCUGAAGAGCAUUGAGGUGGAGCUGGAGGUGAGGGACCAUGUGGCUACAGUGGUCUCCACUCUGAACUACAAGAAUAAGGAGGACAAACCAUUAGAGGCUGUUUUUGUCUUCCCUCUGCCUGGAGAUGCUGCUGUCUGUCAUUUCAGUGCUAAGAUUGGACAGACACAGAUUGUAGCUGAGGUGAAGGAGAAACAGAAGGCUCAUGAGGAGUAUGAUGAUGCUCUGAGCUCCGGUCAGCAGGCCUUCCUAUUGGAGGAGAGUGAUCAGAGUCCAGAUAUAUUCUCUCUGAGUGUGGGCAGUCUGCCUCCAGGAGAGAGCGCCUCCAUCAGGUUGGAGUACGUGACUGAGCUGGCUGUGCAGGCUGAUGAUGGUCUGAGGUUCUGUCUGCCUGCUGUGCUCAACCUUCGAUACCAGCCUCAGGGUAGUGAAGGUGCAGGAGUCCAGGUGACUUCUGUUCCAGCCUCUCUGGUGCCCUACAGCCUGUCUUUCUCUGCCCGAGUGUCCUCUCCUCGUCCAAUCUCUAAAGUAGAGUCCAACUGUUCCCUGGACCCUCUCCAGUACCUCAACACUGAUCAAACCCAGGCCACGGUCAAGCUGGCUGCAGGACACAAGUUUGACAGAGAUGUUGAACUGCUGAUUUAUUACAAAGAUGCCCACCAGCCCACUGCUGUGGUGGAGGCAGGACAGGCCUCUGCUGAGCCAGGCUCUCUGAUGGGUGAUCCAGUGGUGAUGGUCAGUCUGUACCCUGAGUUCCCCCAGUCUGUGAUGUCUUCAAUGGCUUCAUGUGGAGAGUUUGUGUUCUUAAUGGAUCGAUCUGGAAGUAUGAGUAAUACUCGCAUCCGCAGUGCCAAGGAUACUCUGCUGCUCCUGUUGAAGAGCUUACCAAUGGGCUGCUAUUUCAACAUUUACAGUUUUGGGUCCAGAUAUGAACACAUCUUCCCUAAGAGUGUGGAGUACAGCCAGCAGACCAUGGAGGAGGCUCUGAAGACAGUUGAGCAGAUGCAGGCUAAUCUUGGAGGAACCGAGAUCCUGCAGCCCCUCAAACAUAUUUACAGCCAGCCCUGCAUUCCCAAUCAGCCUCGACAGCUGUUUGUCUUUACUGAUGGAGAGGUGGGGAACACCAAAGAAGUGAUAGAUCUGGUGAAGAAGAAUUCAGGUUCUCACAGGUGUUUCUCUUUUGGGAUUGGGGAAGGAGCCAGCUCUGCUCUCAUCAAUGGGAUGGCCAAAGAAGGAGGAGGUCACGCUCAGUUCAUCACAGGGACUGACAGGAUGCAACCAAAAGUGAUGCAGUCGCUGCGAUUUGCUCUGCAGCUGGUUGUGGUCGACAUCUCAGUUACAUGGGAUUUACCAAAGGAAGUGUCUGUCACUGUCCUCUCUCCACCAAUCACAGCCCUUUUCCAGGGUCAAAGGUCACUGAUUUAUGCCCAGCUCACUGGACAGAGUUCAGAGGCAGCAGAGGGCUGUGUGACGGUGAAGUACAGCCUGGCAGGUCAUCCCUCUGAGAACCAGCUGCACUUCAGUCUCAGACCUGCAGAGGACACUGGACUAACAGUCCACAGGUUGGGUGCUCGGACUCUGAUUCGCUCCCUGGAGAUGGAUGAGAGAGAGAGCAGAGGACAGCAAGAUGGAGGAGUGAAGGAGAAGGUGGUGAAGCUCAGUGUCCAAUCAGGAGUGAGCAGUUCUUUCACUGCCUUCAUUGCUGUCAACAAAGACAACAGCGAAGUGAUUCAAGGACCUCUUGUGCGCAGAAAUAUUCCAACGCCCUUUGCUCGGAACUGGGCAGGUAGUUCACUAUUAGAUCAGGUGAGGAAUGGUUGUUCACUAGAAUUUGCUCGGAACUGGGCAGGUAGUUCACGAAAAUUGGGCCGGUCAAUGCGUGGUCCACCGCCACCACCACCGGGGCAGCAGUUGCAAAUGUGUGCGCCACCGCCACCGGGGCAGCAGUUGCAAAUGCGUGUUCCACCGCCACCACCACUGCCACCGCCACCGGUGCCAGCGUGCUACGCUUAUACUCCACAGCCUUGCAUGACUGCUGCACCCGAGCAGCCACCCAGAGACCCUUUGCUGCACUUAGUCUCCCUGCAGGGGGCGUCUGGCUGCUGGCUGCUUGAUCCAGCUCUGGCUACUGCACUGGGAAAGACCAACGAGGAGGUGGAAACGUCAAAGCCUGAAAAGGCCAACAGUGAAGUGUGGGCCACCAUUCUGGCUCUGAUCUGGCUUCAUGCUUUCAAGAUGAAUGCAAAGGACGAGUGGGAGCUUCUGGCUAUGAAGGCUGCCUCAUGGCUCCGUGCUCAGAAUGCGCCGUGUGUGACAGAGUGUGUGGAUGCUGGAAAUGUCCUGUUGGGUUGCAGCAUGAGGAAAGAAGCUCUGGGCCUCUGAGGGGUUUCUUAUUGCGGCUUCACCUUCAGGGUGAUCAGAAGCAGAUCUGCGUACACCAUACUGCCUUUGAUUCAGUGCUGUUUUAAGUUACAUACCCUGCUGCUGUUAUGCAGUCAGAAUUUCUAUAUAUUCUUUUUCAUGCUUAGUUCUUAGUGUUAAGAGGCAUUUUGUAUUUUGUGAAUCACUCCCUGUAAACCAGUGUGGGGAACUCCAGGCCUUAAAUGAUUAGUUCAUUACCAGGCCUCUGGAGAACUUCAAGACAAGUUGAGGAUGUAAUUUGGCCAUUUAAAUCAGCUGUGUUGGAUCAAGGACACAUCUAAAACCUGCAGGACACCGGGCCUUGAGGCCUGGAGUUGCCCACCCCUGCUGUAAACCAAUGCCCCUUUCGAGGUCCUCCUUCUUAGUUACAUUGAGGAUUUUGUGCACGCUUCUCAUGACAGAGAGGAUAAAAGAGGCACAAAACUGUGCCCAGUCUGUGACAUCAAACAAAUUGGUUGUGAAUCAAAACUCUUUAUUCCUACUUUUCUAAGUAAUCUUUAAAUUUCAAGUAAACCUUUUCUGAGUAAUCUGUUUCUCCCGUUGCAGUUGUGCUCACCAAUCAAAACACAACGUCUAUACACCACUAAACAUUCAACACUUCUAUAACAAAGUCCGUGAGCUGAACACAUACAGGGUGCCUGAACAUAACUGACGAAUUAUAAUUUGUCACUCCAAGUUAACAUGUUUGUUUUUUAUUUUUAAAAAGCAAACUUUGUCAACCACCAGUGGUUUAUUAUUCUUUUUGUUCAGUUUGUUCUUGUCUUAAUGUGUCUACUCAGACAAAAACUGUGUGCAUUUCUUUUCUUUGCUCGGUCACAGAACGCUAAUGCAGAAAGCAGUGCAGGGUUGGGUCAAACAUCGAUAUCAUCAGGGGCUGGAGGCAUGGUUCCAUGUUUCAUGACAAAGAAGGAUACUGUUCAAAAUUAUACAUGAUGAUGUGCUCCCAAUAAUAUUUGGAAGACCUACACACUUUUUUUAAAUACUGGAUUCUUUGUGUGCAAACAGUUCUUGAAAGAUAAGAAAUUGGUACGAUUGACUGGGGCCAGUCUCUUUCUGUCAUGGUCCUGGGUCUGGUGACACAGUGUUCAUGUGUUUUCGAGUUUCGUUAAUAUUCUUUGAUUUAGUGUCAUUUGUGGUUUUGGUUUUCUUAAUUGUUUUGUGCUCAUGUUAUAGUUUUUAGCCUUUAGGUUUUCAUCCUUUGUGUCUUGCCUGUCUUUCACGUUUCUUGUUUAGUUCAAAUUUGUUCUUGGUUUACUUAUAUUUUGGGAUUAUCAAAAAAGUUUUUUUGUAGGUUAAUAAAUGUUAGGUUUAUAUUGUUGAAUUGUCAUUUAUGCUUAGAAAUAUAUAACCAUAUAUUCUUAGAGGUGUAUAAUCGAUUGUGUAGUGAUAGGAUGUGUGAUCCUUAGUAGUCUGCAAAGACUUUGUGUGCAUUCCAGAGUGCUCUGGCAUAUACACAAACAUCGUAAGGAGAUGAGAGAGGUUGUACCUUCUCUUACUGUUUUAUGGUAUGGUAAACACAUCUAUGUCCAUUUAGGUGUAAGUGCCUUUUGUUUAGAUGAACUGCUGGACUUCCAGGCCCAGCAGAUUUUGGGGAGUCAUUCACGGGGUCACAUCUUGACCCACACACACCCAUACCUACACGUAUACACAGACUGGUACUCUUUGUUCACAUGUAUGCCUAUGUAAGAUGCCAUAUGUUAAUGAACUAAUGCAUAUUCAUACAACCUCAAUAAAGAGCAGUGCUACGGGGGAGCUAACUGAGAGUGACUGGGGUUUGAGUGUCAGGAACAGCGCUCAUCACAGUUCUCUCCCUCGUGCAUGUGAUUACCAAAGA